AUUAAUGCAGGCAACAUUUCUCUCCAGAGCCAUCAAUGUGAUUGUGCUGCUAGAAAAAAUGUAAUAAUGAUGGAUUUUCUUUUCUCUUUCCUUUUCCUUCUCAUUGGAACUUCAGAGUCACAGGUUGAUGUUUCCAGUUCUUUUGAUGGCACUGGGUAUGAUAUAACGCUAUCUUCAGUUUCUGCCACGACCUACAGCUCGCCUGUGAGUAGAACACUGGCAACAAAUGUGACAAAACCGGGGCCUCCAGUCUUCCUAGCCGGGGAGAGAGUUGGCUCUGCUGGGAUACUCCUUUCGUGGAAUACCCCUCCUAACCCAAAUGGAAGAAUCAUAUCUUAUGUUGUUAAGUACAAGGAAGUCUGUCCAUGGAUGCAGACAGCAUAUACCCGAGCGAGAGCGAAGCCAGACAGUCUGGAGGUUCUUCUCACUAACCUUAAUCCUGGAACAACAUAUGAGAUUAAGGUUGCUGCUGAAAACAGUGCUGGCAUCGGAGUGUUUAGUGACCCAUUUCUUUUUCAAACUGCAGAAAGUGCUCCGGGUAAAGUAGUUAACCUCACAGUGGAAGCUCUCAACUACUCUGCAGUAAACUUGAUUUGGUAUUUACCUCGGCAACCAAAUGGCAAAAUCACCAGCUUCAAGAUCAGCGUCAAGCACGCCAGAAGUGGCAUAGUAGUCAAGGAUGUCUCCCUCAGAGUAGAGGACAUUUUGUCUGGGAAAUUACCUGAAUGUAAUGAGAACAGCGAAUCUUUCUUGUGGAGUACCACCAGCCCCUCUCCAACCCUGGGUAGAGUGACACCUACAGUUCGCACCACACAGUCAUCCAGCACGGCGGCACGGAGUAAGAUCAGCUCUGUGUGGAAGGAGCCCAUCAGUUUUGUGGUGACUCACUUGAGACCUUACACAACGUAUCUCUUUGAAGUCUCAGCCGUUACCACGGAAGCAGGAUAUAUUGACAGCACCAUUGUUAGGACGCCAGAAUCAGUGCCUGAAGGACCACCCCAAAACUGUAUAAUGGGGAAUGUCACAGGAAAGGCCUUUUCAAUUUCCUGGGACCCACCAACUAUUGUCACAGGAAAGUUUAGUUACAGAGUUGAAUUAUAUGGGCCAUCAGGGCGGAUUUUGGAUAAUAGCACGAAAGACCUCCGGUUUGCGUUUACACAUCUCACACCAUUCACAAUGUACGAUGUCUAUGUUGCUGCGGAAACCAGUGCUGGGGUUGGACCCAAGUCAAAUCUUUCAGUAUUUACUCCCCCAGAUGUUCCAGGAGCAGUGUUUGAUUUACAGAUCGCAGAGGUAGAAGCCACAGAAAUAAGAAUUACUUGGAGGAAACCUCGACAACCAAACGGAAUCAUCAGCCAGUACCGUGUGAAAGUGUCAGUCCUAGAGACAGGAGUAGUUUUGGAAAAUACUCUGCUCACAGGACAAGAUGAGUCUAUAAGCAACCCCAUGUCUCCAGAAAUAAUGAACCUAGUAGACCCCAUGAUAGGAUUCUAUGAGGGCUCAGGAGAAAUGUCUUCGGACCUGCACUCCCUGGCUUCAUUCAUAUACAACAGCCAUCCACACAAUGACUUUCCUGCCAGCACUAGAGCUGAAGAGCAAAGUUCACCAGUUGUAACCACCAGGAAUCAGUAUAUGACCGACAUCACUGCCGAACAGCUGUCUUACGUUGUCAGGCGGCUUGUACCAUUCACUGAGCACACGAUUAGCGUAUCUGCUUUCACCAUCAUGGGCGAAGGACCACCAACGGUCCUCACUGUUAGGACACGUGAGCAAGUGCCAAGCUCCAUCCAAAUUAUAAACUAUAAAAAUAUUAGUUCUUCAUCUAUUUUACUGUAUUGGGAUCCUCCAGAAUAUCCCAAUGGAAAGAUCACUCAUUACACAAUCUACGCAACGGAGCUGGACACAAACAGAGCAUUCCAGAUGACCACUGUAGAUAACAGCUUUCUCAUCACAGGGUUGAAGAAAUAUACAAGAUACAAAAUGAGGGUUGCUGCCUCAACUCAUGUUGGGGAAAGUUCUUUGUCAGAAGAAAAUGACAUCUUUGUGAGAACUCCAGAAGAUGAGCCAGAAUCAUCACCUCAAGAUGUCCAAGUAACUGGUGUGUCUCCAAGUGAACUGAGAUUGAAGUGGUCCCCGCCUGAAAAACCUAACGGGAUCAUUAUUGCCUAUGAGGUGCUUUACCAAAAUGCAGACACCUUGUUUGUAAAAAACACCUCAACCACAGACAUCAUUAUAAGUGACCUGAAACCUUACACACUCUAUAAUAUUUCUAUCCGGUCGUAUACCAGACUUGGCCAUGGCAAUCAGUCAUCCUCAUUGCUGUCUGUAAGGACUUCAGAGACUGUGCCUGAUAGUGCACCAGAAAAUAUUACUUACAAAAACAUUUCUUCAGGAGAGAUUGAGAUAUCCUUCCUUCCCCCAAGGAGUCCCAACGGCAUCAUACAAAAAUACACAAUUUACCUCAAGAGAAGUAAUAGCCAUGAGGCAAGAACUAUAAAUACAACCUCUUUGACUCAAACCAUUGGAGGACUGAAAAAGUAUACCCAUUAUGUAAUCGAGGUGUCUGCUAGUACACUCAAAGGUGAAGGCAUUCGGAGUAGGCCAAUAAGCAUAUUGACCGAGGAAGACGCUCCUGAUUCUCCUCCUCAGAACUUCUCUGUGAAACAGUUGUCUGGUGUCACCGUGAUGUUGUCAUGGCAACCACCCUUGGAGCCAAAUGGAAUUAUCCUCUAUUACACAGUUUAUGUCUGGGAUAAAUCAUCUCUAAGAGCUAUUAAUGCAACUGAAGCAUCACUGGUGUUGUCUGACUUAGACUAUAAUGUUGACUACGGUGCCUGUGUAACAGCUAGCACCAGAUUUGGCGAUGGGAACGCAAGAAGCAGCAUCAUUAACUUUCGAACACCAGAGGGAGAGCCCAGUGAUCCUCCCAACGAUGUCCACUAUGUGAAUCUCAGUUCCUCAUCGAUAAUUCUCUUUUGGACUCCUCCUGUAAAACCUAAUGGAAUCAUACAAUAUUAUUCUGUUUAUUAUCAAAAUACUUCAGGUACUUUUGUGCAGAACUUUACACUUCUUCAAGUAACCAAGGAGUCUGACAAUGUGACAGUGUCUGCAAGGAUAUACAGACUGGCAAUAUUCAGCUACUAUACAUUUUGGCUAACAGCAAGUACUUCAGUCGGAAAUGGGAAUAAAAGCAGUGACAUAAUUCAUGUAUACACAGACCAAGACAUACCUGAAGGUCCUGUUGGAAACCUGACUUUUGAGUCCAUUUCAUCAACUGCAAUUCAUGUGAGCUGGGAGCCACCAUCCCAACCAAAUGGCCUGGUCUUCUACUACCUUUCACUGAAUUUACAGCAAAGUCCCCCACGGCACAUGAUACCACCUCUGGUUACCUAUGAAAACAGCAUAGACUUUGAUGAUCUGGAAAAAUAUACUGACUAUAUAUUUAAAAUCACUCCGUCAACAGAAAAGGGAUUCUCUGAGACCUAUACUACCCAACUACACAUCAAAACGGAAGAAGACGUUCCAGACACUCCACCAAUAAUCAACACUUUUAAAAAUCUUUCUUCUACCUCCAUUCUCUUAUCAUGGGAUCCCCCAUUAAAGCCAAACGGUGCAAUACUAGGUUACCAUUUAACUUUACAAGGACCCCACGCCAACCAUACUUUCGUCACUUCCGGUAACCACAUAGUACUGGAAGAACUCUCGCCAUUUACCUUAUAUAGUUUUUUUGCUGCUGCAAGAACAAUGAAAGGACUCGGUCCUUCCAGUAUUCUUUUCUUUUACACAGAUGAGUCAGCGCCUUUAGCACCUCCCCAGAAUUUGACUUUAAUCAACUACACUUCAGAUUUUGUAUGGCUGACAUGGAGCCCAAGUCCUCUUCCUGGCGGUAUUGUAAAAGUAUAUAGUUUUAAAAUUCAUGAGCAUGAGACUGAUACUGUAUUUUAUAAGAAUAUUUCAGGUCUUCAGACUGAUGCCAAACUUGAGGGACUGGAGCCUGUUAGCACCUACUCAGUCAGUGUGUCUGCAUUUACCAAAGUUGGAAAUGGCAAUCAGUAUAGUAAUGUGGUGGAAUUUACAACCCAGGAGUCUGUUCCAGAGGCUGUACGGAAUAUAGAGUGCGUGGCACGUGACUGGCAGUCAGUAUCGGUGAGGUGGGACCCACCGAGAAAAGCAAAUGGAAUAAUUAUUCACUAUAUGAUAACGGUUGGAGGGAAUUCUACCAAAGUCUCCCCCAGAGACCCCACGUACACGUUCACAAAACUUCUUGCCAAUACGUCAUACGUCUUUGAAGUAAGAGCGUCAACGUCAGCCGGCGAAGGCAAUGAAAGCAGGUGUGACAUCAGCACACUCCCGGAGACAGUUCCCAGUGCUCCCACAAAUGUAGCGUUUUCUAAUGUCCAGUCAACUAGUGCAACACUAACAUGGACAAAACCUGAUACUAUCUUUGGAUACUUCCAAAAUUACAAGAUAACUACUCAACUUCGUCCUCAGAAGUGCAGAGAAUGGGAACCUGAAGAAUGUAUUGAACAUCAGAAAGAUCAAUACCUCUAUGAAGCAAACCAAACAGAAGAAACAGUGCAUGGGUUAAAGAAGUUUCGAUGGUAUAGAUUCCAAGUGGCUGCUAGCACCAAUGUUGGGUACAGUAAUGCCUCGGAAUGGAUUUCUACACAAACGCUGCCCGGCCCUCCUGACGGUCCUCCUGAAAAUGUGCACGUGGUCGCAACAUCACCCUUUGGUAUCAAUAUCAGCUGGAGUGAACCUGCUGUCAUAACUGGACCAACAUUCUACCUGAUUGAUGUCAAAUCGGUAGAUGAUGAUGACUUUAAUAUUUCCUUCCUGAAAUCAAAUGAAGAAAACAAAACCACAGAGAUUAACAACUUAGAAGUAUUUACAAGGUAUUCUGUGGUGAUCACAGCCUUUGUAGGAAAUGUUAGUCGGGCAUACACAGAUGGGAAGUCAAGUGCAGAAGUGAUAAUUACGACUUUAGAAUCAGUGCCCAAGGACCCACCUAAUAAUAUGACAUUUCAGAAGAUACCAGAUGAAGUAACAAAGUUUCAAUUGACAUUCCUUCCACCUUCUCAGCCCAAUGGAAACAUCCGAGUGUACCAAGCACUGGUUUACCGGGAAGACGAUCCUACUGCUGUCCAGAUUCAUAACCUCAGCAUUAUCCAGAAGACGGACACCUCCGUCAUUGCAAUGCUAGAAGGCUUGAAGGGUGGACAUACAUACAACAUCAGUGUUUACGCUAUCAACAGUGCUGGUGCUGGGCCAAAGGUGCAGAUGCGAAUAACUAUGGAUAUUAAAGCUCCAGCACGACCAAAAUCCAAGCCAAUUCCUAUCCGUGAUGCCACAGGAAAACUGCUUGUGACGUCAACAACUAUCACAAUCAGAAUGCCAAUAUGCUACUACAAUGAUGACCACGGGCCAAUCAGAAAUGUACAAGUCCUUGUGGCAGAAACAGGAGCUCAGCAAGACGGAAAUGUGACAAAGUGGUACGAUGCAUAUUUUAACAAAGCAAGGCCAUAUUUUACAAACGAAGGAUUCCCUAAUCCCCCGUGUAUAGAGGGAAAGACAAAGUUCAGCGGCAAUGAAGAAAUCUAUGUGAUAGGUGCCGAUAACGCCUGUAUGAUCCCUGGAAAUGAAGAGAAAAUUUGCAAUGGACCUCUGAAACCCAAAAAGCAGUAUUUGUUUAAAUUUAGAGCCACAAAUGUCAUGGGACAAUUUACUGACUCUGAGUACUCUGACCCUAUUAAAACUUUAGGUGAAGGCCUUUCAGAAAGAACUGUGGAGAUCAUACUGUCAGUCACUUUGUGUAUCCUCUCAAUAAUCCUCCUUGGAACAGCUAUUUUUGCAUUUGCAAGAAUUAGACAGAAACAGAAGGAAGGUGGUACAUACUCUCCCCGGGACGCAGAGAUUAUCGACACUAAAUUCAAGCUGGAUCAGCUCAUCACGGUGGCAGACUUGGAACUGAAGGAUGAGAGAUUAACGCGGUUACUUAGUUAUAGGAAAUCCAUCAAGCCAAUAAGCAAGAAAUCCUUCCUGCAACACGUUGAAGAGCUUUGCACAAACAGCAACCUAAAGUUUCAAGAGGAAUUUUCGGAAUUACCAAAAUUUCUUCAAGAUCUCUCCUCAACUGAUGCUGAUCUCCCUUGGAACAGAGCAAAGAAUCGCUUUCCGAACAUAAAACCAUACAAUAAUAACAGAGUGAAGCUGAUAGCCGACGUAAGCCUCCCGGGAUCGGAUUACAUUAAUGCCAGCUAUGUCUCUGGAUACUUAUGUCCAAAUGAGUUUAUUGCUACCCAAGGCCCAUUGCCAGGGACAGUCGGAGAUUUUUGGAGAAUGGUUUGGGAAACCAGAACGAAAACAUUAGUAAUGCUCACACAGUGUUUUGAGAAAGGACGGAUCAGAUGCCAUCAGUAUUGGCCAGAGGACAACAAGCCAGUGACAGUCUUUGGAGACAUAGUAAUUACAAAGCUUAUGGAGGACAUUCAGAUCGACUGGACCAUCAGGGAUCUGAAAAUUGAAAGGCAUGGAGACUGCAUGACUGUCCGGCAGUGUAACUUCACUGGUUGGCCUGAGCAUGGGGUUCCUGAAAACACCACCCCUUUGAUUCACUUUGUGAAGUUGGUGCGAACAAGCAGAGCACAUGACACCACCCCUAUGGUUGUGCAUUGCAGCGCUGGGGUUGGAAGAACAGGAGUUUUCAUUGCUCUGGACCACUUAACACAGCACAUAAAUGACCAUGACUUUGUGGACAUAUAUGGACUAGUAGCUGAACUGAGGAGCGAGAGAAUGUGCAUGGUGCAGAACCUGGCACAGUACAUCUUCUUACACCAGUGCAUUCUGGAUCUUUUAUCAAAUAAAGGAGGUCAUCAGCCCGUCUGUUUUGUUAACUACUCCACACUUCAGAAGAUGGACUCUUUGGAUGCCAUGGAAGGUGAUGUUGAGCUUGAAUGGGAAGAAACUACCAUGUAAAAUUUGGACCAAAGAUUACAACAGGAGGAUAGAAUUUUCAGAUCCCAGGAGCCAACAUUAUCCCUCUUGCUUCUGAAUUGGACUGGGCAAAGGAAAUCUUUAUGCUUCCCGGACCAUGCCUCACUGACUGGGCUGACUGUUUUAUGGACGGAUGGUUGUAGGAAAAUGCUCAUAUAAGAUAGUCAUUUGUUUUAUAUAGAAUUAAAUAUUAUGUAAUUAAAAUGUUUAAGAAAAUACAUCAUACAAAUUUUCGAGGUCCUCAAGUCUUCUUGAAAUAAGCCAAAUAUAAAAUUAUGAUUAUUUCAUAGCGUACUUGUUUCAGAAUACAUUUUCCCUACGUAUUGGGUUUCACUUUGAACAAAAGCUGUAGAUGUUAAUUUGGUAGUGUUAUUUUGGCCUCCAGGCUGCUGAUGUUUCUUAUGGACGACUUCCAAGACUGUCAUAAUGAUCUGCACUUCCACGCACGCCCCUGGGUUUUGAAUCCUCUGUUUUAUGAGUGUCGAGAUAUCAUCUACUGAUCCCGAACAGCUGAACAGUAACCUCGUGACACUGCAGAGACCGCUCGCCCUUUAUUCUGCACACAGUAGCUCUCCGAGAAAACUUUAGGCUAUUUAAAUAGUACUGUGAUCUCAAGUUUGCAAAAAGAAAAAGAAAAUUUCAAAGUACAGCCUCACAUAGGAAGUUAUGCAGUACCAUUCUAGCCUGCCUACACUGGCACACCAACAGGCACAGGUUGCACCCACUCUUGUUUUGGAAUACAGAGUCGAGUGAAUCAGAGUCCUUGUCAGCCAGAUUUACACUCAACACUAACAGUUUUGAAGAGUUUCUGAGUAGAAAUGUAUAAAAAAGACAGUAAAGCCCUUCAGUGUGUCUGUCGCACGUGUGGAAGCUGAUGAAUGGCAUGCCUCUGUGGUGACAACAGAAACUUCCUCAUAGAUGACACUGAAUAACCUGACGUCAUAUCUGAGGAAGAAUACUUAGUACGACUUAAAGAAAUUCACAAGGCUGGAGCAAAUCAGACAUUUAAAAUAUAAAAUCAUUUUAACUCCCUUCUCUCUGCAUAAUAAUGUACAUAAUUUAACUGUACGAAAUUGUUUUGUCAAAGAGUCAAAUUCGUAAUAACUAAAUAGUAUCCAUUAUCCUAAUUCUGUGAUAAAAACUAUGCCUUGUGCUUUAUUUCUGCCGAACUAUGCAUACAGACAAUGUGAGCACUAAUAGAAAUGAAUAUUGAUGAGUUGGGUUACCUUGAAGCAUGAUUAAAAUAUUAAUUAAAUUUUAUAUGUAUUAUGACAUCAACAAUUAUAUCAUAUUAUAGAUAUUACAUAUUAAUAUAAAAUCAUUUCUAUAUUAGAACAACAUAAUUGCAAUUUAUAUGCUGCAUGUAAUUCACAUAAAAUUGCUUCCAAAGGCAUCUUCAGAAAUUAAUAUUGAUAUAGAAUUCCAAGCAAUUAAAUAUUUUAUUCUAAAAAGCAGUAUCGAUAAGUUCGAAAUUUGCAUGCUGUUUUUUUUUACGAAAAGCAUAGACAAAUGAAUAGCAACUCCAACUCCAAUCAGCAUGUUUAUGCAAUUGAAAGUUACAGAAAGCAAUGAUGACAAUGAGGAGAGGUCUAAGAGGUUCGAGUCUCACUAAAGUCUCUCCUGGUAAUAUAUGGCAGGCAACAGGGUUUUUGUGUUUAUGGAAGUAGCCAAUGAAAAGUUCUGAUUGGGUUUACUUUUAAAUAUAGUAAAUAAUAAUGGUGAUGGUGGUAAGAAUAAAGAAAAAUAUAUAAUUUGGUUCAAAGGCCAGAUCAUGUUCUAUGAUAUCUGAAAAAUAGAUUCAUGAGAAUAGCUUUCCUGGGUUACCCAGUGUGCUCAAAUGUGAGUGUUCACAAAGCAACUGAGUAAUACCAGCUCUCUUCUAUAACGGCUCUGACUGAGCUGUAACAUCUUAGUAAGUCACCUGCAGAUUAUUUUAAAAUGGAAAGCCUCUUCGCUGAAAAUAAGAGAGUCAUGAGAAUCACUUUUGCUUAUACUCCAAGUAUAUCACCGUCCACCUCAACCCAUAUUCUAAAUAAGAGUGAAUCUAUAGAAGACAGUGUGGCUAGAAUAGUUUCAGAUCUCCUACAAAUUAGUGAAGAUGAUUUUCAAAAGGACUUGAAUUCUUCACCAGAAAACAAUAUGCAAGUUGUUAUAUCUGCACAGCUUAGUAAUACAUCAAGAGAUUUUAACCGGGAGUAGAUGGAUAGACAAAUGGCUUCCUAAUUAGAUUGUGGAAGGGCCCAUGUAGAUAGUAGUUCUACAGGUGGCUACUGAGUGUGAAUUAAAAUGAACACCUGUAGCCUUUUUAGAUCCAGUUUGUCAAAGUUCAUCGACACAUUUGUACAGUAAAUGAGCAACAUGUGUUUCAUAGGAGGCAAAUGAAACUGGAGCCUCUCUGAAUGGUUCGCCAGAGACCGGAGCAGCUGUGGGUAGUGCCUUUCACGCUGCACUUAAAUGCACCGUUUUUUCCCUGUUACUUUAUAGGAAACGUACAUAAUCAGUCUUUUGCAAAAAUACUAAUUAAACUUUGACCUCUGCAUGAAAGGACAAGCCACACUCUGCAAACUACACCAAACACUUGAAUUUUAAAAUGGAAUUUCUGUCCAGCAGAGUAUCUGGUAAGCUCGUGCAGUCAUUGGGAUAACCAAGUCUAUUUACAAGGUCUUUCAGGAAAUUCAAAGUAACGUUUUUAAGAGAAUUGGAGUGCAAAAUGACUUGAACUACUCAAGUAAAUGAUACUAAUAAUUGAAACUUUAACGUUGUUAGGCAUAAACUCAACAAAAUACCUAUCUUUUUAAAAUAAAGAGUAUUUGAGGAUAAAUGAUUUGUUGAAUAUGCAGUUUCCAGGGAGUAAAGCAUCUAGUGUAUCUACUUCUGGAGAUAGUCUAAUGUUUAUGAUUAUACACAUGAAAUGUUUUGAAACAUAAAAUAAACUUUACAGAGUUAG